UUGAUUGACAGCGGACAGCAGCUGCUGAGCUGCCCAGACAUGGCGGAGGAUACAGUGUAACAAGAGGCUCGGCGGCGGACUUCCACGACUUUUUUCCUUCCCCCCCCGGCAGCAGAGUCGUCUCCCGGCUCGCUAGACGCGACACGAGAGGAGGGCGAAAUGUGUCGGACCGACGCGCGCUCGGAAGGCAGGCGGAAAACGAGGUGAAAAAAACAACAAAAAGAUGGGACAAUGUAUCGCUGUUUAGCCACAAAUAUGGCUCCUUGUGCCUUUUUCGCCAUAAACAUUCAUCUCCCUUUGCCGCCGUGCAUCCGGGGAACUUCUGCUGCCAGCCGCCAGACUAAGUUCACUUCCAUAAGCUCUCGGUACUUUUAAUUUGGGCUUCGGGUGUUCGGCGCUAGCCGAGCCGAGCUAAGCCGAGCCAGAGGAGCAGGAAUGGAGCCAAAGCACAAAGAGUUGCUCGAGCGCUGCCACCAGAACUUGCUGGAGUCCAUCACGGACGCCGACCGCGUCAUCGAGCUGCUCAUCGUCUCCGGCGCCUUGAGCCAGCUGGACCGCUUCGAGCUGGACCAGAACUGCUCGUCCAGCGCGGAGAAAGUGGAGCUCCUGCUGAAGAUGCUGGUGAACAAGGAGAGCGACCAUUUCCUGGACCUGUGCGUGGCCCUGGAGAAGGCGUACCCUGACCUGCACGCCGCACUCUUCUGCAGCAGCAACAACGGCGGGGGUCCGGUGGACCACAACACCGGUUCUACAUACAGCGUCCUUUCCACCAUGCCUUCCGACUCCGAGAGCAGCAGCUCCCUCAGCAGCGUCGGUUCGCCUGUGAACGGCGAAGCAUCCUCCCCGCCCCCCGCCAUCAAUGACAACCGGCCCCCCGGCGACAACCUGGACACGGUGUUGUUUCAGCUCCGCCAGGUGACCAGGGAGAGGGACGAGCUCCGCAAGCGCCUGGCCUUGUCAUCGCCUGGCACCACCUUUGACGACUGCAGGCCAAAUUCCAAAGCCGGCCAUGACUAUGAGCGCUUAAAAAGCCAGUGCAUGAGAGCCAUGGCAGACUUGCAGUCUCUCCAGAACCAGCACACCAAAACACUGAAAAGGUGUGAAGAGGCUGUCAAAGAGGCUGACUUUUACCACAUGCUGCACAGCCGAGUCCUGGGCGAGCAGACGCAGCUGAAAGAAGAGAUGGAGACGCUGAGGAGGGACAACACCCAACUGGUGCGGGAGCACAACCACCUGAAGCAGAACUGCGAGGAGCUGAAACGGCUCCAUGGUCAAGAUCAGCAGGAACUGUCAGACCUGCGACUGCAGCAGCAGCAGGUAAUGCGAGAACAGGGCUCCUCGGAGGUGCUGAACAAACUGUACGACACGGCCAUGGACAAGCUGGAGGGCGUCAAGAAGGAGUACGACGCCCUCAGCAAGCGCCACAGCGAGAAGGUGGCCACCCACAACACCGACCUGAGUCGCCUGGAGCAGGCCGAGGAGGAGAACCGGCGGCUCCAGAAGCAAAUGGACGCCUUGCUCCUACAGCGGGAAUCGGCGAUGCACUACCAGCAGCAGUACUCCACGUCCAUUAGGAGGUUCGAUUCCGUGCAGCAGGAGCUGAACAAGUCCUCGGCCCAAAACAAGGAGCUCCAGCGAGAGAUGGAGCGGCUGCAGUCGGAGGUGACGCGCUACAAGAACCUGCAGCUAAAGGCCUCCAAGGACUGCGACAAGUACAAGGAGGAGCGGGACUCGGUGUUCAACGAGUACCGCCUCAUCAUGAGCGAGCGCGACCAGGUGAUCAAGGAGCUGGACAAGCUGCAGACGGAGCUGGAGGCGGCCGAGGCCCGGCUGAAGAACACCUCUUCGGAGAGGGUGGUGGCCAGCGAGGAGUUGGAGGCGCUCAGACAGGAGUUGAACUCGUCGCUGGUGGACCGCGACAGGGCCAUCUGCGAGAGGAACGAGCUCCUGGAGAAGUACUGCCACGAGGUGAAGGACAAAGCCGAGGCCCAGAAGGAGCUGAGCCAGGCCUGCAAGGACAUCGAAAUGGUGCGGGAGGAGAGGGACGUGGCCCGCAAGGAGAGGACCGAGGCCAUUAUUCAGAGGGAUCAGCUUCUCCGGGAGUACUAUCAAGCACGGCAGAAACAAGACUCUGCCACGCUGGACAUGGAGCGUGCCAACAAGGAGAUCGAGAUGCUGAGGAAGCAGUACGAGGCCAUGUCCCAGGAACUGAAAGAAGCCACGCAGGAGACCGAGGUGGCCAAAUGUCGCCGGGACUGGGCCUUCCAAGAGCGGGACAAAAUAGUGGCGGAGAGGGAGAGCAUCAGGACGCUGUGUGACAACCUGCGUCGGGAGCGAGACCGGGCGGUCAGCGACCUGGCAGACGCCCUGCGGAACCUGGACGACAUGAGGAAGCAGAAGAACGACUCUUUGCGAGAGCUGAAGGAGAUGAGGGAGAAAAUGGAGGGCCAACUGGAGAAGGAGGCCAGGUUCUGUCAGCUAAUGGCCCACAGUUCACACGACUCGGCCAUAGACACGGACUCUCUGGAGUGGGAGACCGAGGUGGUGGAGUUUGAGAAAGACCGGGAUGACAUGGACUUGAAGGCGCUCGGGUUCGAUAUCGCAGAAGGAGUCAACGACCCGUAUUUGCCAGGGGAUUGUGGGAUAUUUGUGACGAGGGUGGACAAAGGAAGUAUAGCAGAUGGAAGGUUAAGGGUGAACGAUUGGUUGCUGAAGAUAAACGACAUGGACCUGACCAACAAGGACCGGAAGCAGGUGAUGAAGGCGGUCCUGAACGUCGGCAGGUUGAUCAACAUGGUGGUACGGCGGAGGAAGUCUCUGGGCGGACGGCUGGUUACUCCCGUUCAUAUUAACCUGAUGGGACAUAAAGACAGCGGAAUAGGCCUGGAGAAUGGCGUGUUCGUCACCACGGUGGUCCAGGGUAGUCCAGCUGCCAGGGAAGGCACGCUCACUGUGGGAGACAGACUGAUCGCUAUAAAUGGCAUCGCUCUGGAUAACAAAUCUGUGACAGAAUGUGAGGCCCUGUUGAGGAACUGCAGGGACUCUCUCAGCCUCUCUCUCAUGAAGUUUCUCCCUCACAGCACAUCCGGCCAGAACAUCUUCGAGUGUCUGCGUGAUUCCUGCGAGAAGUCCAACGGGCGCGUCCACCUGUCCGAAAUCCACUCGCGGAACAGCCGCAACCUCAGACACAACAGCUCCACGCAGACGGACAUCUUCUGCCCCGACGCGGGCGGCAUCCCCGUGGAGCGACGCAAUCUCCGGGGGGAAGCCGACGAGCUUUACGCCGACAUCGGCAAACCGUUCUCCACAGGCUCCCUUCACGCCACCAGCCUGCGGCCGGCUUCUGACUUGGGAACCGGCCGCUACGGCCCCAGCGCCUUCCAGGAGUGCUGCCCCUACACCAAGGCACCUUCCUCUUUGCCCUUUGACCCCGUCUCCGCGCCGGAGUGCCUCGCCACCGAGGCCACCCAGGACAGGAAGCACAGCGGAGGAACGUGGCCCAAGAUGGUGGCCGGAGUCAUGACGGUCGCACCAGACAACACCGGCUCGGUCACGGCCGCCGCACAGCUCUCGAUUUAUAAAUCGCCCAAGCAGAGGAAGUCCAUCUUCGACCCGGACACCUUCAAACGCCCCGAAACGCCCUCCUCUAAGAUGGAGUACAUGGCGGCCAAUCAGAUCGCGGCUGCGGCGUCGCACUCCCCGCAACCCUCAAAGGCGGACUCCCUCUCCUCCUCCUCCACUCCCACCCCUCCGACGCCCCCCACCCGCAGCGACUCCUUCAAGUUCAAACAUAAACAUCAAAGCAGCUCCGCGUCCGACUGCACCAUCACGUCGGACGGCAAGGGAGACGCGGCCGUGGCGACGGGCGAACGGGAGCGAGACCGGAACGGAAACCACUACUUCCUGGACGGUAAAGUCCUGACCUCCAGGAAGUCGUGCGACGAGGACAUCGGACGCACCAGAGGAGAGGAGCCCGAAGUGAAGAGGCCGCGCCCCAAGUCCGCCCCCGCCCUGCGCCGCAGAAUGACGCCACAGACCAUCACUCUUCCCUCCUUCCAGAGCUACACCAACGACGAGCAUUCGCCGGAACCCAGAGACAUGCUGCGCUCCUCUCCCAGCCGCUCGCACCGGCACAGCGUCGGCUUCGUCCCCACGGUCUACAACGGCACCCUCCCUCCCAAUUCAGCCCACCGGGGUCUGUCUCCUUGCCCCGCCGUGACGGCCGUGAUGAGGAAUCCCGUGUACACUGUGCGCAGUCAUCGUGUUCAUACCAGCAACUGUCCAUCAGUGGCUUCCCAGAUCUGUCACCAGCACGCGCCCACCAGCCCUCAACAUCAGGGUAGACUGAGCCUGGAUCUCAGCCAGCAGAAGCGGGGCGGCGACUACGCCGAAUCUUCAUCGUCACGCAGCAGCCGAGCCUCACACGGUUCUUCUAAUAAUGUGCAGUACCGGGCUGAGAGGAUCAAGAUCCCUUCUACUCCUCGCUACCCUCGCUCCAUGCUGGGCUCAGACAGAGGCUCCCUCUCACAUUCCGAGUGCAGCAGUCCCAGCCUCAUCACGCCGCCGCAGUCGCCACUCAAUCUGGAGACGUCCUCCUUCGUCAGCAACCAAUCCCAGGGCUCCAUUUCCACUUUACCUCGCAUCUCGGUCAGUCCGGUGCCAAUCGGGGAGCGCAGGAAAGACAGAUCUCUUUACCGUAACCGAUCUUUUCUCAGGAUUCCUCCGGCCGCGAGGCCGAGGUUCUCCUCUCUCAGGAGCCUCAGGCCUUACUUGGAGGAACCCCGCAACGUCAUCGUGCACAAAGGCGUGGAGCCUCUGGGCAUCUCCAUCGUGAGCGGCGAGAAUGGAGGCAUCUUCGUCUCGAAGGUGACUGGAGGUAGCAUCGCCCACCAGGCAGGCCUGGAGUACGGAGACCAGUUACUGGAGUUCAACGGCAUCAACUUGCGUAACGCGACGGAGCAGCAGGCUCGCCUGAUUAUUGGUCAACAGUGUGACACCAUCACCAUCAUGGCCCAGUACAACCCACACAUGUACCAGCUGGGCAACCACUCUCGCUCCAGCUCCCGUCUUGAGCCGGUCAGCACCCAGUCUACUCCUCAGGGGAGCGGCGCAGCCACCCCAGACAAUCACUCCGCCAUCGACACGCUCAGCGAACAGGACGAGGGCACCCUCACCCCUUCCUCGAAACAGACCACGCCCACCACCAGCCCCCGCAACUACGCCAGAAUGCAUUCUGACGGCAACAAGAAGGCGGUGGAGCCCCGACUGGUGACGGUGCUCAGGCCUGGCGUGGAGGUGGGGGUCACGCUCUGUGGGGGGAACCUGCGGGGCGUCUACAUAGAAAGCCUGGAUGAGGACAGCCCUGCCAGAGGAGCUGAUGGGUUGCGUCCUGGUGACCUCAUUCUGGAGUACAACACGGUGAAUAUGAAGAAUAAGACGGCGGAGGAAGUGUAUGUUGAAAUGCUGAAGCCGGCCGAGUCGGUCACUUUGAAGGUGCAGCAUCGACCGGAUGACUUCCACGUGCUCAAAGAUGUUCCUGGCGAUGGCUUUUAUAUCAGAGCGCUCUACGACCGCGUGGGGGAGGCCGAGGGGGACCUCACGUUCAAGAAGGAUGACAUCCUGUACGUGGAUGAGUCCUUACCAAAGGGCAGCUUCGGGACCUGGAUGGCCUGGCAGCUGGAUGAGAACGCACAGCAGAUCCAGAGGGGACAGAUCCCCAGCAAGUACAUGAUGGAUCAAGAGUUUUACCGCCGACACAGCGUGACGGAAAUGAAGGAAGACUCCGGCAAGACGCUGUCGGCCGCCGCCCGUCGCUCGUUCUUCAGGAGGAAGCAGAAACACAAGCGCAGCAGCUCCAAAGACAGCAAAGAAACGGUGGCUUUGGACGCCAUCAGCACCGACUCCAUCCCCUUCCUGGAAGAGUGCGUGAGCUUGGCCUACCAGAGGGUCCAGAAGGUGGAGUGCGCCUCUCCUCGACCGGUGCUGGUCCUGGGGCCGCUGACAGACCCCAUCAAGGAGAUGUUGGUCAAAGAGUCUCCGGGGAAGUUCUGCAGAUGUCUGCUAGAGGUCAUGAAAGCGUCCCAACAAGCCAUCGAGCGAGGCGUCAAAGACUGCCUCUUUAUCGACUACAAGCGCCGCAGCGGCCAUUUUGACGUGACCACCGUCGCCUCCAUAAAGGAAAUAACAGAGAAGGGUUGUCACUGUUUGCUGGACAUCGCCCCGCACGCCAUCGAGAGACUGCACAGCGUUCACAUUUAUCCUAUUGUGGUCUUUGUGCGCUACAAAAACGCCAAGCAGAUCAAGGAGCAGAAAGAUCCUGUCUACCUGCGGGAUAAAGUCUCUCAGAAACAUUCCAAGGAGCAGUUUGAAAGUGCGCAGAAGAUCGAGCAGGACUACAGCAAGUUCUUCACAGGUAUCGUCCAGGGCGGCUCCCUCCCUUACAUUUGCACUCAGAUCACCACCAUAGUGGAUCAAGAACAAAGUAAAGUCCUGUGGACUCCACUUGGCUGCCCCUAGUGGACCAGGGUGGCACUCAUCCCAAACACACACGCACACACACACACACACACACAGCAAGUAAACCCCAGUCACACACUAACCAGCUACACUAUCUCAAUUGUCGCUGUCUAGUUUUCCUCAUUUCAUGUCAGUACUGAAGAGACUCAAAGUGAUCCCGCGUGUCCUCCCCCAAAGAUACUUUAGUCCCCACACCCAAAAAAAUGUGUGUUUUUUGUGUGUCUUCUGUGUCUCUUCACUCUCUUUAACUAUACUGUCCAACAGUCUCCCACUUGCCUUUACCUCCUCUGCACACUAACUAUAACACUAAUCAUGCUCACACACACACACACACACACACACACACACACACACACACACACACACACACACACACACCCUUAGGGCCGCACUGAAAAACACUGAAAAAACAGACAAGAAUAAAGUUGUUAUAUUGUUAUUUAAAAGCUAUUACAAUAAUAAAAUCAUGUAUUUAGUGUUAUUUUUAAUGAAAAUAAGGUUCGAAUUUUACAAGAAUAACAUCAUUGGGUAGUGAAUAAAGUCCAAAUUCCCACCUUAGUCUGAAAAGCAACGUGCCAUAAACAGCUACUGUAUUUCUCGGAGUAUAAGUCGCACCUGCUGAAAAUGCAUAAUAAAGAAGGAAAAAAUCAUAUAUAAGUCGCACUGGAGUAUAAGUCGCAUUUUUUGGGGAAAUUUAUUUGAUAAAAGCCAACACCAAGAAUAGACAUUUGAUAGGCAAUUUAAAAUAAAUAAAGAAUAGUGAACAACAGGCUGAAUAAGUGUACGUUAUAUGAGGCAUAAAUAACCUAACAUAUUAUGGUAUAGCAUGUUCUAUAACAUAUAGAACAUUCUAUACCUUUACCAAACUAUCUCUCACUCCUAAUCCAUAAAUCCCAUGAAAUCUUACACGUCUAGUCUCUUACGUGAAUGAGCUAAAUAAUAUUGUUUGAUAUUUUACGGUAAUGUGUUAAUAAUCUCACAUAUAAGUCGCGCCUGAGUAUAAGUCGCACCCCUGGCCAAACUAUGAAAAAACUGCGACUUAUAGACCGAAAAAUACGGGAUAUGUUUAUGAUAUCCUUUUUUUAUAUAUAUAUUUACAUUACAGGCCAAAAGUUUGGACACAUCUUCUCAUUUCAAUGAGUUUUUUUUUAUUUUCAUGACUAUUUACAUGAAAAUAGUGAGGCGGUAUAGCUCGGUUGGUAGAGUGGCCGUGCCAGCAACUUGAGGGUUGCAGGUUCGAUUCCCGCUUCCGCCAUCCUUGUCACUGCCGUUGUGUCCUUGGGCAAGACACUUUACCCACCUGCUCCCAGUGCCACCCACACUGGUUUAAAUGUAACUUAGAUAUUGGGUUUCACUAUGUAAAGCGCUUUGAGUCACUUGAGAAAAGCGCUAUAUAAAUAUAAUUCACUUCACUUCACUUCUCGAUACUUUUCGGUAUUUUUAGAUACUUUUCUAUAUAAAGGGGACCACAUAAAAUUGCGUUAUUUUAACAAAAAAUUGCGUUAUUUUAACAAAAAAUUGCGUUAUUUUAACAAAGAAUCUUAGGGCACAUUAAGUGAAGUGUAUUUUAUUUAUAUAGCGCUUUUUCUCUAGUGACUCAAAGCGCUUUUUUGCAUAGUGAAACCCAAUAUCUACGUUACAUACAGGUAUAGCUCGGUUGGUAGAGUGGCCGUGCCAGCAACUUGAGGGUUGCAGGUUCGAUUCCCGCUUCCGCCAUCCUAGUCACUGCCAUUGUGUCCUUGGGCAAGACACUUUACCCACCUGCUCCCAGUGCCACCCACACUGCUUUAAAUUGGGUUUCACUAUGUAAAGCGCUUUGAGUCACUUAAGAAAAGCGCUAUAUAAAUAUAAUUCACUUCACUUCACUUCUCGAUACUUUUCGGUAUUUUUAGAUACUUUUCUAUAUAAAGGGGACCACAAAAAAUUGCGUUAUUUUAACAAAAAAUUGCGUUAUUUUAACAAAAAAUUGCGUUAUUUUAACAAAAAAUCUUAGGGUACAUUAAGUGAAGUGUAUUUUAUUUAUAUAGCGCUUUUUCUCUAGUGACUCAAAGCGCUUUUACAUAGUGAAACCCAAUAUCUAAGUUACAUACAGGUAUAGCUCGGUUGGUAGAGUGGCCGUGCCAGCAACUUGAGGGUUGCAGGUUCGAUUCCCGCUUGUGCCAUCCUAGUUAGUCACUGCCGUCGUGGCCUUGGGCAAGACACUUUACCCACCUGCUCCCAGUGCCACCCACACUGGUUUAAAUGUAACUUAGAUACUGGGUUUCACUAUGUAAAGUGCUUUGAGUCACUAGAGAAAAGCGCUAUAUAAAUAUAAUUCACUUCACACAAUGGAAGAGGGGUUAGUGGAUUUGUUUUAAAUACUGUAAAAAUGUUUUCUUUUUUUUUUAAAAAGGCAUAUUUUUCCCUAUUCAUGUCCAUUUUGUUUCUCCAUUUUUGGUCAGGAAAGUGAAAUUUAUUCCCAAAGAAGAAAAAUAAUUUGAUAAAUAGGAAUAAGGGGGGGUGGUGGUUCCUCUCUUUAAGAAGGGGGACCGGAGGGUGUGUUCCAACUAUGGUGGGAUCACACUCCUCAGCCUUCCCGGUAAGGUUUAUUCAGGUGUACUAGAGAGGAGGCUACGCCGGAUAGUGGAACCUCGGAUUCAGGAGGAACAGUGUGGUUUUCGUCCUGGUCGUGGAACUGUGGACCAGCUCUAUACUCUCGGCAGGGUUCUUGAGGGUGCAUGGGAGUUUGCCCAACCAGUCUACAUGUGCUUUGUGGACUUGGAGAAGGCAUUGGACCGUGUGGGGAGUGCUCAGAGAGUAUGGGGUAUCGGACUGUCUUAUUGUGGCGGUCCACUCCCUGUAUGAUCAGUGUCAGAACUUGGUCCGCAUUGCUGGCAGUAAGUCGAACACAUUUCCAGUGAGGGUUGGACUCCGCCAAGGCUGUCCUUUGUCACCCAUUCUGUUCAUAACUUUUAUGGACAGAAUUUCUAGGCGCAGUCAAGGCGUUGAGGGGUUCCGGUUUGGUGGCCGCAGGAUUAGGUCUCUGCUUUUUGCAGAUCAUGUGGUCCUGAUGGCUUCAUCUGACCAGGAUCUUCAGCUCUGACUGGAUCGGUUCGCAGCCGAGUGUGAAGCGACCGGAAUGAGAAUCAGCACCUCCAAGUCCAUGGUUCUCGCCCGGAAAAGGGUGGAGUGCCAUCUCCGGGUUGGGGAGGAGACCCUGCCCCAAGUGGAGGAGUUCAAGUACCUCGGAGUCUUGUUCACGAGUGAGGGAAGAGUGGAUCGUGAGAUCGACAGGCGGAUCGGUGCGGCGUCUUCAGUAAUGCGGACGUUGUACCGAUCCGUUGUGGUGAAGAAGGAGCUGAGCCGGAAGGUAAAGCUCUCAAUUUACCGGUCGAUCUACGUUCCCAUCCUCACCUAUGGUCAUGAGCUUUGGGUCAUGACCGAAAGGAUAAGAUCACGGGUACAAGCGGCCCAAAUGAGUUUGGGGCUCUCCCUUAGAGAUAGGGUGAGAAGCUCUGCCAUCCGGGAGGAACUCAAAGUAAAGCCGCUGCUCCUCCACAUCGAGAGGAGCCAGAUGAGGUGGUUCGGGCAUCUGGUCAGGAUGCCACUCGAACACCUCCUAGGGCACGUCCAACCGGUAGGAGGCCACGGGGAAGACCCAGGACACGUUGGGAAGACUAUGUCUCCCGGCUGGCCUGGGAACGCCUCGGGAUCCCCCGGGAAGAGCUAGACGAAGUGGCUGGGGAGAGGGAAGUCUGGGUUUCCCUGCUUAGGCUGUUGCCCCCGCGACCCGACCUCGGAUAAGCGGAAGAUGAUGGAUGGAUGGAUGGAAAUAGGAAUGAAGACGUAAUAUUGUAAGGGGGAAAAAAAAAUACCUUUUUAAUAGUAAUAUUACAACUUUAUAUCCACUAAACGAGCGACUAUUUUUUUUUUGUGUGUUUUUGUUUUUGGUGUGGCCCUUCUUGAUAUUUCUGCAUCCUGACCUUUGUGUUGGUGUGUGAAAGUGGUCGUGUGACACUCGUGAAGAGCAGUUGAAUGAGGGUUCUUGAAAAGAAGGAUAAAAACCACUGAAAUAUUCUCGAUUGCUAAAACAAAGUAGAUACGGGAAAUAUCGCCCGAAGUAAGACAUGAAACUGCUGCAGGAAAAUACCAAAACCACCAAAAUAGGAGGGCAAGACAAGAACUAAAACAGGUUGAAAAACACUGAACUCGAGGCAACUUGCGGACAAAAUCAAGAAACGUGAAGUUUGCAUAAUUCAAACGUCUUCAAAGCUCUGAUAUCAAUCAAUCAAUCAAUCAAUGUUUAUUUAUAUAGCCCCAAAUCACAAAUGUCUCAAAGGACUGCACAAAUCAUUACGACUACAACAUCCUCGGAAGAACCCACAAAAGGGCAAGGAAAACUCACACCCAGUGGGCAGGGAGAAUUCACAUCCAGUGGGACGCCAGUGACAAUGCUGACUAUGAGAAACCUUGGAGAGGACCUCAGAUGUGGGCAACCCCCACCCCCUCUAGGGGACCGAAAGCAAUGGAUGUCGAGCGGGUCUAACAUGAUACUGUGAAAGUUCAAUCCAUAGUGGCUCCAACACAGCCGCGAGAGUUCAGUUCAAAGCGGAUCUAAGACAUCAGCGAGAGUCCCGUCCACAGGAAACCAUCUCAAGCGGAGGCGGACCAGCAGCGUAGAGAUGUCCCCAACCGAUACACAGGCGAGCGGUCCAUCCUGGGUCUCGACUCUGGACAGCCAAUACUUCAUCCAUGGUCAUCGGACCACAAGGGAGGGGGGGACAUAGGAGAAAGAAUAGAAGCGGCAGAUCAACUGGUCUAAAAAGGAGGUCUAUUUAAAGGCUAGAGUAUACAGAUGAGUUUUAAGGUGAGACUUAAAUGCUUCUGUUAAAUGUUGAUUGGCAACACUAAAAUGGGCCCUAGUGUGUGAAUGUUGUCUGUCUAUCUGUGUUGGCCCUGCGAUGAGGUAGCGACUUGUCCAGGGUGUACCCCGCCUUCCGCCCGAUUGUAGCUGAGAUAGGCGCCAGCGCUCCCCGCGACCCCGAAAGGGAAUAAGCGGUAGAAAAUGGAUGGAUGGAUGGACUAUACUUGGAGCAAAUAUCACAAAUGUCUCAAAGGACUGCACAAAUCAUUACGACUACAACAUCCUCGGAAGAACCCACAAAAGGGCAAGGAAAACUCACACCCAGUGGGCAGGGAGAAUUCACAUCCAGUGGGACGCCAGUGACAAUGCUGACUAUGAGAAACCUUGGAGAGGACUUCAGAUGUGGGCAACCCCCCCCCCCCUCUAGGGGACCGAAAGCAAUGGAUGUCGAGCGGGUCUAACAUGAUACUGUGAAAGUUCAAUCCAUAGUGGCUCCAACACAGCCGCGAGAGUUCAGUUCAAAGCGGAUCCAAGACAGCAGCGAGAGUCCCGUCCACAGGAAACCAUCUCAAGCGGAGGCGGAUCAGCAGCGUAGAGAUGUCCCCAACCGAUACACAGGCAAGCGGUCCAUCCUGGGUCCCGACGAGCGGUCCAUCCUGGGUCUCGACUCUGGACAGCCAGUACUUCAUCCAUGGUCAUCGGACGGGACAUAGGAGAAAGAAAAGAAGCGGCAGAUCAACUGGUCUAAAAAGGAGGUCUAUUUAAAGGCUAGAGUAUACAGAUGAGUUUUAAGGUGAGACUUAAAUGCUUCUGUUAAAUGUUGAUUGGCAACACUAAAUGGUCCCUAGUGUGUGAAUGUUGUCUGUCUAUCUGUGUUGGCCCUGCGAUGAGGUGGCGACUUGUCCAGGGUGUACCCCGCCUUCCGCCCGAUUGUAGCUGAGAUAGGCGCCAGCGCUCCCCGCGACCCCUAAAGGGAAUAAGCGGUAGAAAAUAGAUGGAUGGAUGGACUAUACUUGGAGCAAAUAUCACAAAUGUCUCAAAGGUCUGCACGAAUCAUUACGACUACAACAUCCUCGGAAGAACCCACAAAAGGGCAAGGAAAACUCACACCCAGUGGGCAGGGAGAAUUCUGUGACAAUGCUGACUAUGUGAAACCUUGGAGAGGACCUCAGAUGUGGGCAAACCCCCCACCUCUAGGGAAACCGAAAGCAAUGGAUGUCGAGCGGGUCCCUCAAAAGGACAGUAGCGUAGUAGCACCACCCCGUGACUAUCAGCGCAAAAAAAAAACCAAGACAUGUAGCUGCCAACAAACACCACCACACCUUUACUCUAUGCAUCGUCUUUCAUCACUCCGUCGUCACGUAGCAGAGAGUGUUUUCACGGGCCUUUCGGAAGUGCCUUCGCCAGGAGACGCCUGGUCCACGGGCAGCUUGAAGGCUGAUCCGAGAUCAGUGCGGCGGGGGCGGCGAGCGCGUGUCAAAUUUUUCUUUUCUUUUUGUAUUUUUUUUGUUGUUUUUUCCCAAGGUAGUACGGGUUGAACUCCUCAGAAUGAACUCCAGGGCUAAACACACCAAUCCUUCCCUCUUUGACAUGUAUUAAGACUAUAGAGUAUGCAGAUAUACAGUAUAUAUAUACAAAUAAAUAAGAAUACUAUAUAUAAAUAUAUAUUACAUGUAUUUUGACCGGGUCACACACCUGGGAAGAUCUGACAGUCCAGUUAGCAUGUUUUAUUUUUGUAUUGUUUGUGCUUGCUUGUCAGUCAGGUGAUGUUCUCAUGAAAAGAAGCAACAUUUGCAGGGUAACAACUGUAACUUUUCACUGUUAUUUAAGUGGUUUUGUUGUUGGUUUUCCACACGGGAAGACACAAAUAUUCCCGCGUUCUGUUUUUCGUCGUGCCAAAAUCCACUAUUUUUUUUCCUUUGUUUUGUUCUGUUUUUUGCACUUGUUUAGCUGCAGGUUUCCAGUAAAUUCUACAGUAGAAGGUACGAGCAUUUCUACUGUAGCUCAUCUAUGUCACUUCCUUGCAUUUCAUUAUCAAGAGCCUUUUUUUAUUCUCCAGAGGGAAAAAAAAAAAAGAAAAAGUCUCAUGAAAUAUUAAAAAAAAAAAAAAAAAAAGGGAUUUAUUCUUGCACAGUUUUUUUCAGAGGAAAUGUGGUCCAGCAGUUUGACUAUCGGGCUAAAAAGUACAAACGAUACAGUUUGAUGUUCCUAUUUUUCUGUGUAGAUAGCAUGUUCUAGAAAGGAAGACGGAGGGUUGUACUUGGAGAUAAAGUCAGGUACGGAUUGAACCUCUUUGUAUUCGCAGAAUGUGAUUUGUAUGUCCAGACAUUAACAUGACAAUAAAAGUCUUUUUUUUUGUCCGUAUCACAAUAAAA